CUCGAAUUUCCUUUUACUUCUUUGGUCUAUCAUAGUAUCGCCAUUCAUUGUAUCCUUUUUCUUUGCUUUUGACCAGUCUGCAAGUCUUGUAUUUGCCAACAGUGCGGUUGUUGUCCACUGACCCCUGUGACCCUUCAUACUGCCGGACCUCUAAGAUCUCGCGGUCGGAAGUUCUACGAGAGUCUGCAUUCUCAUUGGAAAAGAGUGAGAUUCUUCAGGGAGAAAGAAGAAGGCCUGCGUUCAUUGGUGGUUCCUGGUCUUGCUUUUUCUGCACCUCCCGACUUAUCUCUGGCAACCUCUUCGACCUCGCUUCGUACGACCUGACGAAACACCGCCAAAGUGUCUUCCCUACUCGUUCCCCGUGCCAUCUCCUUCCCUCCGGAAGUCGACACUGGUUCGCGCCGGUUGUCUCCGGACUCCAAUAUGUCUCAAUCCAAGGCUGGUCGGAGGAGGAGAUCGAGCAGUAUCAUCUACCAGGAGCCGCCGGAAUCCAUCGAGCAUACCAGUGAUCAGGCUGCCCUGCCGAACCUCAAUGCUAACUGGGUCAAUGCCAAGGGUGCCUGGACAAUCCAUUUCGUUCUCAUCAUCGCCUUGAAGAUCUUCUACGACAUCAUUCCCGGCGUCUCGCAGGAGACAUCAUGGACCCUUACGAACAUCAGCUAUAUGUUCGGCUCCUUCCUCAUGUUUCACUGGGUGCGGGGUAUUCCAUUCGAGUUCAACGCUGGAGCAUACGACAACCUCAACAUGUGGGAGCAAAUUGACAACGGGGACCAGUACACGCCAACAAAGAAGUUCCUCCUUUGUGUCCCCAUUUGUCUCUUCCUACUCAGCACACAUUACACACACUACGACUUGACAUACUUCACUAUCAAUUUCCUGGCCACUCUAGGUGUUGUCAUUCCAAAAUUACCAUUUUCACACCGUCUGCGGAUAGGUCUCUUUUCCGACUUACCGGAUGAGUCGACAUAGUAUCUCCUUUCCUACACUACCACUUGGCGUCUCAGUGUUUCCUUUUCUCUGUCUUUUACGAGCACUCCAUUGCUUGCUAUAUUAGUCUAUUGGACAGCACCGUCUACGGGAUCGACUUCUCUCUCCAGCUUUACAACUACGCUUACAACAAUUUCCUUAUCUGCUGCAUGUUCGUGGUGUGACUGGGGGUUUGGGGGUAAUUCAAUAAAGAAUACUUGAUAUAUGAAUCGGCGAGAGCCGGAUUAGAGUGCGGCAAGGAGCAGUUGUUCCUUGUACUGCAAUAAAGCCGUGUUUUAAAUACCUACGAGUCCAUCAUUAGC